UGCAUAUGCCUCUGCCCAACUUCUAGAAGUUUCUCCUUUGUCAGUAUAUAGGUCUGCUGACUGUUCCACUGCUCUACAUCUCCACGUUACUGAUAAGCAGAGAGAAGCCGUGCACCGCUGGAACACACCCUGUGUUUGUUUGCAAGACAUUCACCGCUGCUCCCAAGCUCAGACAGAAUGUGGCUGACGAAUGCUGUAGCCUUUCUCCUCCUGACUCUGGCCGCCUCUGCUGAGGAGCCGAAGCUCAGCAGCCAUGCCACCACGCUGGCAGACAACAGCGCCAACCUGGCCUUCAACCUCUACCACAACGUGGCCAAGGAGAAGGACCUGGAGAACAUCCUGAUCUCCCCUGUGGUGGUGGCCUCCUCUCUGGGCAUGGUGGCCCUCGGGGGCAAGGCCUCCACCGCCUCUCAGGCCAAGAGCGUGCUGAGCGCCAACAAGCUGAAGGACGAGCAACUCCACAGUGGCCUGUCCGAGCUCCUGUCAGAGGUGAGCGACUCUGCUAAGCGCAACGUCACCUGGAAGAUCAGCAACAGGCUAUACGGCCCCAGCUCUGUCUCAUUUGCUGAUGACUACGUGAAGAAGAGCAAGAAGCACUACAACCUGGACCACUCCAAAAUCAACUUCCGUGACAAGCGGAGUGCUGUCCAAUCCAUAAAUGAGUGGGCCUCCAAGUCCACCGAUGGCAAAUUGCCAGAGGUCACAAAAGAUGUGCAGAACACAGAUGGAGCCAUGCUCAUCAAUGCCAUGUUCUUCAAGCCUCAUUGGAACGAGAAGUUCCAUCACAAGAUGGUCGACGACCGGGUCUUUUUGGUGAGCCGCUCACACACCGUGGCUGUUCCCAUGAUGCACCGCACAGGCCUGUACGACUUCCACGAGGACACAGAGAACAGGCUGUUUGUGCUGAGCAUGCCGCUGGCCCAUAAGAAGUCCAUCAUGCUCUUCAUCAUGCCCUACCACGUGGAGCCUCUGGAGAGGAUUGAGAAGAUGCUGACCCGCAAGCAGCUGGACACCUGGAUGAGCAAGAUGGAGGAGAAGGCAGUCGCCAUCUCUCUGCCCAAAGUCAGCAUCGAGGUCAGCCAUAACCUUCAGAAACAUCUUGGUGAACUGGGCUUGACCGAGGCUGUGGACAAGAGCAAAGCUGACCUGUCCAACAUCUCUGGAAAGAAAGACCUCUACCUCUCCAAUGUCUUUCAUGCUUCCUCUCUGGAGUGGGACACAGAGGGCAACCCUUUCGACCCCAGCAUCUUUGGUAACGAGAAGCUCAAGAAUCCCAAGCUGUUCUACGCCGACCAUCCCUUCAUCUUCGUGGUGAAGGACAACAAGACCAACUCCAUCCUCUUCAUUGGUCGCCUGGUGAAGCCCAAGGGGGAUAAAAUGCGUGAUGAGUUGUGAUGACAUGCAAACACUGCCUUAGAUAUUUUUUUUUGUGGGUGUGUUUGAGAGUGAAAGCCUUUGAGUGUAUUUUAUCAGGUAUGUCUUUACCUCAAGAGCUCAUUCCAGUAGAAUAUUCUAUGGACCGUCAAGUUUAGCCUUUUGAUCUGUGAAUGCAUUGUGAUCAAUUCUCCUGUAUGUGCGUGUAAAUAUCAACCCUUGAAUGAAAGGUUAAUUGUUUUCCAAUAUUUUCAUCUAAUGUUCAGAUCAUAUCCUUUGUCUGAGUCAAACCCAUGACAGACAGUAUGCUUAUAUUAAGUAGGAUCUCAUAUUCCCUUCCACAGCAACAGCGUAUUAUGCAGAUUCCACGCUUGCCUGAAUUCUCUGAAAUGUGCUGAAGUUUUCUGAAUUCUCUUUCUUUCAAUACGUUUGUGCCAUCUACAUGUGCCUUACAUUAUCUUUAAUGUUUAAAGACAAAGAUUUUAGCACAUUUUGAGAACUGAGGUCCACACUCCAGUUUCCAACUUCCACCUUUUCCUCAAACACAUUCCUGCAUGUUCUUUGUUGUCUGGCUGCCUGCACUGAUGUCCUACUUCCUCUGCACUAGAAACAACAUACAGAUGAAAUGCUCCACAGUCACAGGCUGCUGUUACUGAACACCAUGAGAAAAUUAUGAUUGGGAUGAUGCAACAAUGCAAGUUUGUAUGACAUUUUUACAAUAAACAUUUUUGAAAA